GGUUCAGCAAAGGCGACUCUUUACCACGGUCGGAGUUCCCACCCGUCUUUAGCGCGACGCGGUUUUGUAUUCAAAUUCCAGACGGGAUUUGGUUCAUCGUCUUCUCUCCCUGCCUUUUGCUUUCCCUCUCCGUUCUUCGUCUUCAUUCGAGCUUGAAUCCACUGAUUGUUGGGUGUUUCUUUUGUUGUCUUUAUCUUCCACUUUUAUGCGGUAAUUUGAAGUUGUUUUGGACUAUUCUGGAUCGAAUCAGGUGAUUUGUUCACAGACAAAAUGCCAGAAAUUCAAUUGGGUACUCAUACUGUGAGAUCCCAUGGAGCUCGAUUAUUAAGAAUCCACAUUCAAGAUUGGUUGAUCCUUUUGCUCCUUAUUGUGAUAGAGGUUGUGUUAAACGUUAUAGAGCCAUUUCAUCACUUUGUUGGACAGGAGAUGAUGACAGACCUGAAAUUUCCAUUACAAGAUAAUACUGUUCCCCUUUGGGCAGUUCCAAUAAUUGCGAUAUUGAUGCCCUUUGUUGUAUUUAUUAUCUACUAUUUCAUUAGAAAGGAUGUCUAUGAUCUCCACCAUGCCAUAUUGGGACUUCUGUUUGCUGUUUUAAUAUCUGGAGUAAUGACUGAUGCUAUUAAGGAUGCUGUUGGUCGGCCACGUCCAGACUUCUUCUGGCGCUGUUUCCCUGAUGGCAAAGGGGUAUUUGAUAAAAUCACAACUGGUGUUUUAUGCACCGGAGAUAAGAAUGUUAUUAAAGAAGGAUAUAAAAGCUUCCCGAGUGGGCAUACUUCCUGGUCUUUUGCGGGCCUUGGAUUUCUUGCUUGGUAUUUGUCUGGGAAAAUAAGAGCAUUUGACCAAAGGGGCCAUAUUGCAAAACUCUGUAUUGUCUUCCUACCCCUGCUUGUUGCAGCUCUUGUUGGUGUUACUCGAGUUGAUGACUAUUGGCAUCACUGGCAAGACGUUUUUGCCGGGGGUCUUCUUGGGCUGACAAUUGCUUCCUUCUGUUAUCUGCAAUUCUUUCCAGCACCUUAUCACAUUGAUGGUUGGGGACCUCACGCAUACUUUCAGAUGUUAGCCGAGUCUCGCAACGAAGUUCAAGCAUCAUCGCCCAAUGCCAAUAACAUUCAUGCACAACCAUCAGAAAUUGAAAGUGUGUACAUUCAACCUCAACAUGAAAUGAGAUUCAAUACACAGGACUCAAGCCCCAUGCUGAACAGAUAGAGAGCCUGGCACAAGAAUCUGAUCUGGAUCUCUGAUUGGGUACAUAGGUAGGGAUGAUGUGUUAGUCUUCUGAACCAAAACACUCUCCUAGAUCUGCUUGAAAUGAAGAUAUGAUCGCUUUCUAUAUUUAUAUUCUUUGAUUCUUUUUCUUCAUUUACUCUCUAGUUGUGAAGAUUGCUUGUCUGAGAUGUCUGGUUUUGAAGUGUGGGAUUGUUUUGAUGACAACUUGCUCUAGAAUUCAAUUCAUUUCGUGCCUUGUACGUAUCUGUGCUGA